GCACACACGAGAAAGCUUCAAAACUUAUAACAACUUCUCAUUAAAUCUCAACUUUCAGCUAACUAACAAGAAAGUGUUUCAAUACAAGAAAAUCUCCCCACAAACUCACUACUUUUCUUCUUGAAAUUGCAUAACAAGAAACAUCUUUCCCCACCACCAGAUGAUAUUGUUUCUUACGGUUGGAGAAAUGAUGGAUAUGAAUCGAUCUCGGAGGCUAAACUUCAACGCUCCCUUCUUGUCGACCAAACGCCAUGAUGUCAACCAAGAGAAGGUUCCAGGGCAGUGUCCUGAAGCCUCUGUUCCUUUUUGUUGGGAAACUACUCCUGGUAUGCCCAAGAACUUGUCUCACUUGAAACAUGACCCUGAAUCUGAGACACCACGACUCAAACUUCCUCCCGGAAGAUUAAAGAUGCACGUUGAUGGUGAAAACAACGACUUUGAUGGUGCUAGUGAGGGUUUAACACCAGCAAGAUUGUUGCGUUUGAAGAAACGCGACAAUCAUGAAUAUUUCCAUCAAAGGGACCAAGACACGACCGAUGUCUUGUCACUCACGCAAGCCAUAGACAUGGUCGAACAACCAAAAGAUAGCCUUACGGAAUCGGAUGAUGGAACCAGCGGAGGAGGUGACUCAGACGGCUACUUAACUAUGGAGAGCACAGAGCGAAGCGAAGACAUGUCACCGAACUACAUAAUAGAGCGGUUUCUGCCGGAUGCAGCGGCGCUAGCGGCCGUGACAUCAGCUGCAAGCCAAAGGAGGAAGAAUAGACUCGCUUAUUUGAGUACAACGGUGAGGCAAUCUUGUUUCUCACCAAAGGCUUGUGGGUUGCAUGUGUUGCUGCCUUGGAGCACUAAGCACAGGAUUUGUGGAGUCAAAAACGCAUUUUCUCCCUCUUCUCAAAUCAACUUGCAACCCAAGUUUAUUACCAAAGACAACUAGUUGAAGCAAAGUUGUUGUUGGUUGAAGAAUACACUUCUUUCCCCUAGCUUAAUUUUUGACAACAAGUGGAAGAUCAGAGCUUUGUUUCAAGCCAUUCCCAGUGUCAAAAAAAAUGUGAAAAAGGUAAACACAGUUACAUUUUAAAAUUAAGGGAUAUCUAAAAAUCUGUUUAGAUAGAUGAAACUCAACUUUUUCCAGAUUUCUUAUAUAGAAAACAGAUAGAACUUAAGCUUCAAUGAAAUAUAAUUUGAUUAAAAAAGAAUUAGGGAAAGGAGAGUGCGAUUAUGGACAUACAAAAUAAAUUCAUUGAUUCUUUAAUUGUUAUAUUGGAUUUAAUAUUUAUUUUGGAUAUCAGAUAUCAAAAUAAUUUCAAUUAAUUUAAAUUUAUCAUAAUUUCAUUGUUUCAUUUGUUUUAUUUUCUUCAAUAAAUUCAUGUUCUUAUGUUUGUUAUUGUGUUAAUAAUGAGGAGAUUUAUGUUAUUCAAGAAGUAUUAUUUACAAAAAUAA